AUGUGGAUGGGCCUAGGGCUCAAGAAGCACAGUGUGCCGGCGGUUGUACCUGAUAUGAUCGAGUUAACCAACGUUGCGAACUCUACCCCUUCAAUGCACCCUGUUCGUGUAAGCAAGAAGUCUGAAGAGGGAUCUAUUGCACAUGUGGAUGCCCCACUAUCCUCUGUUCACGCGAUACCAGACAGCGACAAUGACAAGGCGCUACCAAAGACCCAAAUAUUCUUCCUCUGCUAUGCGCGAUUGUUCGAGUCGAUUGCUUUCUAUCUCAUCUUUCCAUUCAUCAAUCAAAUGAUCUUGGAGGUUGGCGAUGUUGAAGAGGCGAACGUUGGGUUUUACAGUGGGCUGAUUGAAUCGUUAUUCUCCUUGACCCAAAUGGUUCUAAUGAUUCCUUGGGGGCGAGCUGCGGACCGCUUCGGAAGGAAACCAGUCCUUGUUUUCUCUUUGGUUGGCAGCGCCAUUGCUACAGCUCUUUUCGGCAUCAUCACGCCCGUUUUUUGGUUCACCCGACCCGAGUUAGGUGGCUACGGCUUUUCCCCUUUGUGGAUCUCCAUCUUCCUCGGGGCAACCGGCUUCUUACAAGCCGUCUGGGUCCUGUUCAUUUUCCCUCCGCUACAAUACCGAAUCGGUACCGGUGGAGUAAUGCGUCUCUGCUCCUAUGGAUUCCCACUCCUCUAUGCCUUCAGCCCCGUGACAAACCUUCUUCUGCGAAUGGAUCUUCGGCUCGCAUUCUGGCUUUCCACGCCAGCACUUCAGCUCUUGUCAAGUGCCGUCGGCAUGUCAUUCAUCGUCAUACAACUCGCUCUUAACGAUAUCGCGCCGUCUUCCAUUGCACUGGGAACUCUCAAUGCCAUCGCCCUCACGAUCACGAGCGGCAUACGGACUGUUGCCCCGGCAAUAUUCACCAGUAUUUUUGCAGUGGGCGUGCAGAAUCAGAUCCUGUGGGGCUACCUCGUGUGGGUGGUUAUGGUGUUACUGGCGUUGACCACCGCGGCUGCGGUUCGAUGGCUGCCCAAGGAAGCGGAGGGGAAAUCCAAGGAGUCUGGUUGA